UGUCAUCUCAUCUGUCAUGGUGUGGUGUCAUGUCAUUUUCAAAUAUUUUGUUCGUUACCGGAAAGUUUCUUGACUCUGCAUGGUUUUUUAUUUAUUUCACCGAGAAAUUAAAAAUAGCUUCAGUGAAAGAUUACAUCCGUGUUUGUUGCACCGCUGAACAUUGACACUUAAAAUUGAAACUGCAACGAAUGUUUUUAAACAUCGUUGCCGGUGGAAGCCCUUCGCCUGGAACAUCACAACAGAGUGCAAUAAAAAGUAUUUACCAGUCGAUACACAACAUUUGGGGUGCUCCUGGUAGCAGUGUGGCGAGUAGCAUCAGCAGUAUGGAGUCGCAGUUGGUGGAGGAGACGUUCGUGACGCCGGUGUCGUCGACGGGCGACCUGCUGGCGCUGUCUCCCGGCGCCGGCGCGGACCUGCUCACCGGCGAGCCCGAGCUGUGUGACGUCACCAUGCACGACGCCGCCGCCGACGACAUGUUUAUCGACGCCACCAGCCUCGACUACCUCGUGCGCUGCGCCGAGUCCAACCGCAACCUCACCAUGAUCGACCGCGGCAAGGAAAGCCUCUACGUUAAGUUUGACCCAUUGUACUCGAGACAGAAACAGGCCUCUCAGCAUCUGCAAUCUCUGUCAAUGUCACACGCCAAUGAGUGUGAUGUUGGAUAUGAAACUGGAAGUGCAGCAUCAGUGUACACUGACAACAUGAUUGGCACACCGAAGCGGUCCAUGUCUACUGAUUCCAUGAUGUUUAGCUUUUCUAAGGACAAUAAGCCAACACAAAGGGUACGUCCAGCUAUCAAGAAAGAGGUUCCUGAAGGUGGAGUCAACAUCACACACUCAACACCAGCACUAGUCAGAAGUGUGUCAGCUAUCCUGACUCCGUCUCGAGUAGCAAUAGACAGACUUAUCAGUAUCACAGGAAACACUCCUCCUAUAAACAUGCAGCACGCACACAGCGAGCAGUUCAACACGCACCAGCUGGACCACCUGCAGUCCUUGAGGAACAUCCUGCAGAAGCAGGACCAGGAGGUGAUGCAGCUCCGACAGGAGAACAGAGAGCUCCGGACCUCCCUGCAGGACACUGAACACAAACUGCACAGGACAGAAGAAGACAUGCAAGAUAAAAUAAAAAAGAUGACUGAAGAGAAAGAAAAGUUGCUGGAGAGAGAGAUACGGUUAGAACAACAAAUUAAUGAAAAGAAUGUCUGCAACAAACAAAUGAGUAUUGUGAUGGAAGAGUAUGAGAAAACUAUAUCAUCAUUAAUAGGAGAGCAACAGAAAGAGAACUUGCAGGCAAAAGAAGCUCAGGAACAGCUUCAGGCAGAGAGAGAUGAUGCACUGAGACAUCUUACCAACAUGGAGGCAUCCUUCAAUGAUCUCUUGUCAAAGUAUGAGAAAUGCAAGAGUGUCAUACUUGAAACUAAAGAUAGAGAGACGAGCCUGUUGAGAAAAAUUACAGAGUAUGAGGAAGGCAUGAAGAAAUAUGAUGACUUGUACUCAAAACUGAAAGAGGUGACUUCAGAAAGCUUGGCUAAAGCCAAUGAGACACUGGACAACAUUAAGAAAACACAUUGCUAUGAAAUGGCUAAACUCAAUGCAACUAUCAAAAAGAAUGAAUUAAAUAUGUCUUCAUUACAAGAAUCCCUGCAACAGAAGACAAGGGAGAAUGCCGAGUUAACGAAAAUAUGUGAUCAGCUGAUUGCAUCUGUCCGUUGAAACAUAUCUUAUACUUGUUUAAUUAAUCUACUACAUUUUAAUAAUAUUAUGGUACUGGUGCUUUCUAGUAUUUUCAACUGAAUAUGUGUAAAUUUGUAGCAAACUUUUGUGAUAUUAUCUUCUUUAUUGUUUCUUCGAAUCUCAGUAUUUCUACAUGACAUAUUUAUUGGUUUUUUUAGGAGUUUUAGUAUGACUUCAAUAUUGUUCUGUUUUACAACUCAUUGCUUACUAUACUAAUAUUAUGUAACAAGGUAUUAGGUUGGGGAAAUUAUGUAAGUUAAAAUAAGGUUUUAUGUUUAUGCAUCCAACUGGACUGCUAAAGACAAAUUAAAAUUAGGUAGGUCAAAUAACAUAUUUGGAAAAUGUUGUUCAUAAUUCUAUGUUGUUGUUGUGUUGUUAGAAAGAAAAAUUGUGAGUCCUCGUCUUAAUGUAUGUAUGCUUCUAAGUUACGACUGAAUUUUAAAAAUAAAUAAUAUAGACAUUAA